AGCCUGUAUACUUUCACAUCGGCUCAGGCCGUGUUCUUUUACACUCGUCCAACAAACACCAACUGGAUCAUCUUUGAGAUACCCUCUGUAUACAUGUCUUUAGCGGCAACUCUUUCCUUCAUCGCGACAUAUAGCACCUGCAAGACUGGAAACAAAGUAUUUAAAUACGGUAACCUCCUCCGUACAAUCUCCUGUCUUGUAGCUUGGUUGAACUGCACCUUACCAUUUAUAGUUGGCGUGACACUCUGUAGUUGUCACGCUAAUAGUAGCACGUCAUGCGUGGCCUUCUCUGCAUGCAACAGCGCAUCUGUUGGUUACUAUUUCCGUCACGCCUUUUGCACUGUUGUAGCAGGUCUUAUGUACAGUACCAGGUUACCGGAACGCCUUCUCCCAGGACGAUUUGAUCUGGUCGGUAACAGUCAUCAUUUUAUGCAUGUCUUUGUUGCCUUGAGCACAGAAUUUGGCCUCAAACUUUUUGAAUUUGAUAUCAAGCAUAAGAGGACCUGGAGACAGCGGGAAGGCGCAUGGGCAGACACAACCGCUGACGCAUCUUUCAUCAACACCGUUGGCGCAGCCGUGAUAGUUAUGCUUAUUAACGCGGGAAUUGCAUUGUGGUUUUCCAGGUCUCUCAAGAGCAAGGAACGUGUACAUGAGAAGUAG